UACAUAUACAUACAUAUAUAAGUAAGUACGUGCUCACCCUUUCCUUUGAUUGCCUGCAGUUAUUUAACAUCUUUCAAUUAAACGUACGUCGGGUAUUUUAAACGCUAUUAUCGAGCAAUAAAAACAAUUUAAUUUCACCAAUAUUGAUAAAUUUCUCACUAAACUUAAAUUUACCACUACACAUACAUAUGUAUGUAUAUUUUCUACGUUCAUAACGCGCAUUUUUCACACGAACAUGCUGAAACAUGUUUGCCAAACCAACACAUUGUGCACUGCUUUGCUAAAUUGCGUUUGCACACUUUCACUUCGAUUAAUUCACACACACUUAUCACUUUACAUUCACAAAUUCCAAUAUUUUUUAAAUUAAACACAAAAAACUCCACUAAAUUAAUAUUUUUUUUACUUUUUCACAAACUUUAAUCGCGAUCGCGUACCGACGCGCACUUACCGACACACGACUAUCAAGCAGAGAAUGUUAACGAACACGAAUGAAAUAGCGUUAACAUUCGGUCAUUCAGCUGCACUUAUAAUUUUCUGCAGUGCUGCUCCCCUACUUCGUGAUGACGAGACAACAACUGCGUUUGCAUGCGCAAAUAUGUAACAUUCUUACACUGUUGUGCAUGCUGUAACGAAGUUACAGGCGAUCACUCGGCGGGUUUGCAAUAACAUAAAACGAAAAAAUUACAUCGCUUUGUUGUUUGCCCAGGAUUAUAACAGCAAUUCCACAUAAUUUGUUAACAUCAAUGCUAAUAAAGAGGGACUGCUUUGUUUUAAUACUCUCGCAACAUGUUGCUACGGUGUAUAAUAAUUUUAUUCACCUAAAACUGAUCGAGAUAGAUAUAGGGUUAUAUAUAAAUAAAUGAUCAGGAUGACGAGACGAGUUGAGGUCCGGAUGACUGUCUGUAUUUCCGUCACAUAUCUCAAGACCCACCUUACCGAUUUCAAUAAAAUUUGGUAUGUGACAUUCUAUUGACAUUUUUAUGUUACAGUGUGAAAAUGGACUUAAUCGGACAACAACCUCGCCUACUUUCCAUAUAGCACAGUAUACAAAUCAAGAACGAAUUAUUAUAUCAGGAUAAAACUUUCUUCUUUAAAAGAGAUCCAUCUUAUGACUAUAAAUGGUGUAAAUUGAACCACAGUUUUGGUUUUGGUUUCAAGCCCUUAAGUACUGGAUAUGUGGAUCCAGUGCUUAUAGUUUAAUUUUUACCGAAAAUAUGGGUAUGAGAUAUAUCUAUAAUUGGAGAAUCCUUUCUUUAUAAUAAUACAUCUGUGUGCUACAAAUGGGUUGAAUCGGAAUUUCGAACUUACGGGUGACUUUAUAGCGAUUUAGAGAACGUGUUUUGGUUAAUAUUUAAUAAUUUUUGUGCUUCUAAUGUAUAAAAUCGGGUAAAAACUCGCCCUAGACUCCAUAUAACUAUCAAGUCUUAUGUACCUAAAGGAGUCUUUAAUCUUAACAAGUUGCAAGAGUAGCAAAUGUUCGGUUGCACUUGAAUUUAUCUCUUUCUUACUUGUUUUUUAUUAUUCUAGUUUAGUUACAAUCAAUUUUUUCUGGUUUUUUACCAAACUAGCAGAUGUAUCACCCUGUAUAAUCGAGAUGCACUUGUUAGUUCAUUAAACGAAAUAUGACAUGCCUAUCGCUGUUUUUACUUUUGCUGUUAUCUCUCAAUUUUUUUUUUUUUUUAAUUGAGUAUUUAUAAGACACUUACGCUGCAACACAACAGUGAAGUAGAGAACGUUGGCGGAAUAAGUCAAAAUCUGUUAGAGACGCAGCUGAGUUAAAAGCAUUAACGCUGAGAUGGUAAAUUUGUUACACAUUAUUUUUAUAUUUCUAAAUAUCUAUGGCGUUUUCGCGGUUGGUUCUCCCCCUAAUAAUGACGUACUUUCAGAAAACGCGGAGAAUAUGUUUCCCUUUAUAAAAAUCGGCAGCAAGUACUACUUUAUAAACGAGUCCUUAAAGAUGAACUGGUUCUCGUCUUCUUACUACUGUCGCUCUUAUGGUGGCGAGUUGGCAAAUAUUGAAUCGGAUGCAGAAUUUCUGGCACUGCAAAAUUACAUUUUAGCUAGAAAAAUAGAAUCGCGACUUUGGUUUGACGGCAAUGAUUUAGCAAAGGAAGGCAAAUUCGACUCACACACCACUGGCCGACCUUUGAUCUUCACCAAAUGGUCACCAGGCAAUCCUAACAAUUGGAACAAUGAAGAUUGCCUUGAUCUUUAUUUGUACAAUAAAAUACUUUUAAUGAAUGAUAACAACUGUGACGCAGAGCUUCUCGCGAUUUGUCAGUAUCGCGAACCCAACAGGCAUUGCAGUGGAAAGAAUUCGUUGAUGCAUCAAAAUGAUAACUGUAUACUAAGUGGCUUAGUUGAGGCUUUUGCGCAAACUGCCCGAAGUUGUAAAUCAUGCUCACAACCCUUGCUGUGCCCCACAUCAUAGUGUAUGAGCGGCGCUUAUCAUUUUGUUUCAUCUUCAAAAGAAUUAGAGAGCAUGGCGCCAACUAAGAGCACAGAGAGCGAGGGAUGGCGCUCUGUCAAAGUGAACGACUUCACAAAACAUAAGCUGUUGUAUCACAUUUAUGCUUGUAUAUAAUUUCAUUUUAGGCUGCGAUAAAUAAACAUUGAUCACUUACAAACAGAAUUAAAUAAAACUGGAAAAUAUAAAGGCGUUGCCACAUAUUUAUAAUUAAGGAAUUGUAAAUAAAAUGAAGAGUUUAAUAAUUUUAAA